AUGCCAACAUCAUUUGGAUUCAGCCUCCAGACUCGGGCAACCUACAAUGCAGUCAAGGACGAGCUUUCCAAUGUCCUGAUAAGCUCUCUACCGAGGCUCUACUCUAGCGGGGAAUACUCAGACCUCGUAAUAUCCUGCAGGGAAAAGGAAUACCAAGUGCAUAGAGCCAUGGUAUACAUACAGUCCCAGCCUGCGAGGCGGGCUUCAAGGCAACUUGUCCACAUAAUUAUACAUUACUUCUACCGUUUUGACUACGACAUACAGGUGGACGGAGACGGAGCCGAUAUCAAGAGGCUGGACGCGGGCGCCCUCGCCACUCAUACAAGGAUUUACGCCUUAGCAGAGAAGUACCUUAUCCGUGGAUUGAAGACUGUCGCGGUUCGGAAAUUCAAGGCGGAGGUUACUAUAGCGUAUACAUCUGCUAUUGAAGAUGACAGGGGCCUGAGAGACGUCGUCGUGGAAACUCUCUAUAACCAUCCCCACUGGCUAGACAAAGAAGAGGUGCGAGAUGUGAUGAAGGAAUUAGGCCCUUUGAUGUAUGAUUUCAUUAUCUACGUGCGCCAAAAGGGCAGGAUCUAA